UUAUAAUAAAUGGACAAUACACUCUUUCGGAAAGGUUCAGAAGGUUCAUCUUCAAAUGGAUUACAUGAGAAUCCACAGAUCAAAGUGUCAAAGAAGGCAAAGAAAUCACUCAAACAGUCAAGGCAGACAAUUCUAAAAAUCACAGUGAUGCCUGUUGAGAAAGGUUCAAAAUUAUCUCUUAUGAGGAUAAAGCCAAGCAAGCUUGGGUCAAACAAUGAGAAUAAUUUAAAGCGAGUUUGACCUAAAGAAGAGUUGAAUAAAAUAUAUGCUAACAUUAUCAAGCAGAAGGAAAAGAAUAAUAGAGUUAACAAAUCGAAGAUUUCACAUAGUUCAGCUAAUUCUACUUAUGAUGAAUCCUCUAAUAAGUGAAACCCUCUCUCAUUUAGUGUCUAUACUAAAUAAAUUCGAGGAUAAAGAUCUUGAUGCAAAUGAUAUUUUUGAGCGAAGAAAUAUCGGUGCCAUUCAUAUUCUCUACAUACGAGGAGAGGGUCAGAAGAUCCAGAGGAAUGGCAAUGCAAGCAAGCUUGAGAAAUUUUGAUCGACUUACUUUUAUGGACCUUUAUGAAUCGCAUUCUCCACUAAUACCCAUCCUCCACAAUUGAUCUCAUGAACACCAGAAGAUAUUGAACUGCUGCCAUCUAAUCGCCUUAUUGAGAGACCGGAUAACAAACUGGCAAGAAGACUCAUGGAGAUGGAAGAGUUCAACCGAAAUCUGGACGAAUACAAAGAGAAAUUAUCCACAUUCGCUUUCGCAAUGUUUAGGUACAAAACAUCUUGGUGCCCGAAGAUUGGCCAGAAACAUGAUUGGGCACAAUGAAUUUACUCUCACAGGCUUCAGGACUUUAGGAGACCUCCAGAUUUUUAUGAGUAUGCACCUGAAGACUGAAGUGUUCUACUUCAUAAGGACUGUAGCUGGGAAAGCUGUGAGGAAGGGCUCAGUUGAAAAUACAGCCAUACAACAUUUGAGAGGCUGUACCAUCCUUCUAAAUUCAAAAUUGUACCUUGUGAGAAAAUAUGAUCAAGAGGUGAAAUGUGUGCUUUCUACCACAAGCCAGAGGAGAAGACCCUUAUCGAGCAAGAAGCUGAGAGCUUCUUCGAUCCUAUUAUAGGAGAUGAGGAUUUCGAAUCUGAAGGAGAGUAUUCUCCUGAUUAUGGAGAAGGAGAAUAUGAUUCUAAUGAGGGAUCUCGCAAGAGUAAUCACUCAAAUUCUAAUACCAAUACCAAUAUUUUUAUCCCGGAAGUAGGUGAAACUUAUAGUGAAACUGAUCUUCAUGAUAAAUUCCCAUUGCAAACUGACAAUAUUUUCUCUGAAGAGGAAUCUAUGAAAGGAAAUGCUUGGGAAAAUGAAGAUUUUGUUCUAGAAGAAGCCAUGAAAAAGGCUUCUAGCUAUAACCCGAUUGUAGAUUUUGAAGCUAAAAUAGAUAAAAACGAUUCACAAAGUUUUCCAGAUAUAUAUGAAGAACAAAAGUAUGAUCUCUCUCCGAAUUUUGCAAAGCCUACAAAGGAAGCAAAAAUGAAGGAGCAAGCCAAAGUUUACAAGGAAGUGUCAAAUGAAAUCAAGAAUAUUGCCAUAGGUAAUAAUCAGCAGAUGGAUACUUCCAAAAUUGUUAAAAACAUAAUGUCUCAAAAUCCAUCUGGCUCGAAGAGCAAGUUCUUCAAUAUAGAAGAUGCCAAAGAGAAUGAAGAAGACUUGAUUAAUGAGAUAUAUCAUAUGGAUUACAAUACCCAGAAUAUUGAUUUAAGCAGUCUAAGCAAUCCAGGGCCUAAUUUACUGAAUAUCUCUCCCGCUGAAAUGCCAAUACAGUAUUUUGAGAAUGGCCUGAUAGAAUAUUAAAAAGGCUGAUUUACCAUGCUUCUCUCAUCGUAGAUGGCUCACUUUGAAAGCUACCAUCAUCACAGAGAGACAGCCGACUGAGAAAGCUUAGCUUCAAGCGCUAUGAUUCUCCCUAUUCCACC